CCGCGUGCAGAGGCGCGGUGUGAGGGGAGCGCAGCGCAGCGCCGCGCCCUGAGGGACAGCGCGGGGUGCCUCUGGUACAGUCCCGUGUCAGCCGGCAGCCCGCACGGUUUGGGGGCUGUCCGGUGCCGGUCAGGCUUGGUUUGGCACGAUCAGUGACCUGCAGUGCUGCUUGGUACAGCGUGUGAUCUGCAGGUUGUGGUAUCCAGGCAGGCCACGGGUAUAAUCCCUGAGUUUCAGAUCAAAAUGUGAUGAGUGAGGAGCAGAGUCCCUCUGUUUGGCAGUCAAGUUGUGAAGGGGCAUUUGUGUGCUCUAAAACUCUCCUCCAUUUAGAUUGAUCGUUGUGGUGGUAAAACACAGGGCUAGAUGUUACUCGAUGAUGCGUGUUCUAAUAACAUGCAUGGAUGUUCCACCAUUUAAGAGACAGUGCUGAAGGGUAUGGGGCCAUUUCUAGCCCUUUUCUGACCUCCACAACACUUUCUUCCUCUGUUAAUUAAUUCUUUCCUUUGCCAGCUCACCGGGUGCCCUGGCAGAGGCGUUUAACUGCCGCAGAAGCAGAGCAGUUGUGACCCUACCCGCGAGCUGUCGUGCCAGGAAGAGAAGCAGGUUCCCACCUUCCCGUGCUGGGCUGCACCAUGGCAGCAGUUAUGUGCCAGCGGAGGUCGAGGUGUCGUCUGCUGAUGCCAUCCUUGGCGCCGCCUUAUUUCUAAUGAAAGUGCCUCCGCCAAAGCUGUAACGGGAAAUCAAGAUGUUCUCUGCGUGUCUCUUGAUCUCCACCAGACUUGAAGAACCUGUAGUUCACAGCGCUGGAGGAUUUCAAAACCUAUGUGGAUCAAGCUUGCAGAGCUGCAGAUGAAUUUGUCAACAUUUAUUAUGAGACAAUGGAUAAAAGAAGAAGGGCUUUAACAAGACUUUAUUUGGACAAAGCAACGUUAAUUUGGAAUGGUAACGCAGUGUCCGGGCAAGAAGAACUGAAUAAAUUCUUUGAGAUGUUGCCAUCUAGUGAGUUCCAGGUUAACGUGUUGGACUGCCAGCCCGUUCACGAGCAAGCUACGCAAGGGCAGACGACAGUCCUCGUGGUGACAAACGGGACAGUAAAAUUUGACGGCGAUAAGCAGCGCUACUUCAACCAGAACUUCUUGCUGACAGCACAGGCCACUCCUACCAACACAGUGUGGAAGAUUGCCAGUGACUGCUUCCGCUUUCAGGACUGGGCCAGUUAGUGGGGACUGGCUGAGGAAGUGACCUCUCUCAUGGGACGGGUUGAAGUCAGCUGCAUGGACAGCCGUUGUCCUGCGUGGGGAACACUCGCUCUUCGUCUUGCACCUGUCAUUAUGGAGGGUCUAUCAUCAGCGUUUGAGGGUUGGUCUCAGUGACUGUGGGUUUAGUAGUAAACAACCUUAAAAUGUGAGAGGUUGCUCAUGUUAAUUGAACCUAAUAAAAUGCUAAAGGCAGUGAGUUGCAUCGGAAUCAUUCCUAAAAUGCCUUACAUGCAGCUAUGCUGCCACUACAGGCUUCUUGUAUGUAAUGCUGAAACUACUAAUGGAACACAAAAUUCUCUUAAUGUACAAUUUGGACCAAACAUACAUAUUUUUUCAAUUUGAAAAGAUCUGUUUUUAUGAUAGCAUCUUCCCUCUUUUGAAGAAGAUGCUUAUGGCGUAUAGAUAGAAUUCUGAAAGUUACCUACUCAUCAUUGAAAGAGGCUAGAAAGGAUUGACAGUGAUUUCUGAUGUUUGUGAAAGUAGCAAAUACAGCUCCUGAGUGUGUCAUCUCAAAUAAUCCAUUGGAAAGGUAAUAUUACCUUCUCUGGUAUGAAAAAACUAAAUAAUCUCAUCAGGUUUCCUUUUGUCUUGAGCUUCCCAGACCGUGGUUGUAGUUAUUGUGCAUUGAUUCAUGUGUAGGGCAUGCUGAAUGAUUUGGAGCUCCUCUGCCAACAACUCUUGCCACAUGUGUGUGAAGGACUUCAAACUGAUUCUUCUUCUUUUGAAGUCUUGUAGUGUAAGAAAUAGGUCAGUUGCAGCAUUUCUGUUUGCUUGAACUGUUAAUUCUCUUGCUAUGAAGUUUGGAAUAUUCUUCCCUUGUUCAUUCUGCAAGUUUUGAAUCCCUACUGUCUUUUUAGGACACAUUAUAGUAAAGAAGUGGCACUGAAAGUGUGUAUUACUGUGAAGCCUUCAAUUUUUCUCUUCAGUACUGUUAAUACAGAACAGGUGCUUUGACUCUUUUCAACCUAAAAGAACAGCUCUGAACACAAAUACCGUCUUCCUCUCAUGCAGAUUUUUACUGUAGUUUUCAUAUUCUUUUUAAGUAUUGCCUUAAAUUAUUGAUUCUGGGAAAUUUUGCCUGUCUUGCUUUAAAUUUGUGGUUUAAAGCAUUCAGCUGCUUUAAAACAGUUUUCAAGACUGCAGGUUAAGACCAUCCAUCUUAACUUGGCAACUCAAGAGUAAAUCUGAGUUUCAGCAGAUUUGUUUCAAACUGGUACGUUUCUAUUUUUAGCUAUAUACCUGUGAGUGCACUUGCUUGUAACUGAGAACACACGGGGGGAACUUGUAACUCUGAUCUUAAUACACAUCACAGUGACAGCAGCAGCCUGAAUGCAAAAGCAGUUACGACUGCAGCUCACUUGUUUUAUGACUUAAAUCGGGAAAACUGUGAAAAUGAGCAAUAUCCAACUUUUGUAAAACAUCAUAAAACAUCUGCAGUUUGUGCUAUAAUCUCACAAAUAGUGGGAUGUUUAGGUGAAAUGAGUGGUUUUAUUUCCUUUUAAGGCACUCUGAUGCCUUACAGAAUUAGUAACCUGUCAUUAUUCGGGAGCUGUUUGUGUUCUGAACUAUUGUGUAACUAUCUUUCAGCCUGAAGAAUAUGAAUUCCUGCAAAACAAUGCAAGAAGUCCAGAAUUUGUGAAAACUGUAAAUACUGUAAAUAGUUAAUUCUGUAUGUAGUGACGGAAGGGUUGGUCUGUUUAAUUACUGUUUGUUCUUAACAGAGUCUGCCAGGGUCCUAGAUUUGUGUUUCUUCUACAAGUUUGAAAAGAAACCCCUACAUUUGCCUGUAACUGACAGAGCGUUGUUGAGCGGUGACGCUGCCGUGCUGUGCUCUUCUGGUUUGCUAACUUGCUCUUCCUUCUGUAAGUCGUGUUACAGAUGUGUUUGCAUACACAAAACAGGUUUUGACUGUUGAAAUGUGGUGGGUGCAACUGUUAGCAUUUGCUUGUUGAACUUUGAAGGCAGUCAGCAGAACACACACUUAUAUCUGUACCUGAUAAGCUUGUCCUGGGAAUAAAUACUUACUGGAUAUUUUUAUUCA